AAAGGACGACAGUAGGCGACGUAGUUUUGUGAGCAGUGAAAAUGAACUGUUAAACACGCGCUGUAGAAGAAAGUAAAGUAAAAAAGGGGCCCCACAAUCUAUCAUUUUUCUCUCUCCAACAUUCCACGUAACUAUUUUAGUUAAGUUGCAGGUUAGAAGUUGGAGCUUAAAAGCCUCAUCUCUCUCUCUCUCUCUCUCUCUCUCUCUCUCACUGCUCAAAAUAAUAAGGAAACCUGAAACAAUAUCUCUCUCUCUCUCUCUCUCUCUCUCUUACUUUCUAUGGCCGGUAUUGAAGAAGGAGAAGUUGGUUUUGAAGAAGGAAUGUCAUGCCUACCUUCACAUGUUCUACAUGAAGCAAUAUGGGAAACCAAGGAAUACUAUGGCCAGAGCCAACAGCACCAUCACCAACAAUAUCGUCACCUUCCUCAACUGCCUCUACAGCCACAACAACAACAACUGCGCUCAAAAUCCAACCCAAGAGCUCAUUCUAGAACAAGACACCCAACUAAUGGGGCAUCGGGAGGAUCAGGAAUGCGAGCAAUCUUUCUAGAUUCUGGUAAACAAACAUGCGGGACUGGAGUUUUUCUUCCAAGAAGGGCAGGCACCAACUUACCAUUUAGCAAAAAGCCAGCUUGCUCUCCUGUUCUUCUACCUGCACGCGUUGUUCAAGCUCUCAACCUCAAUAUUCACGAGACAGGCCUGCAAAUAUCCCGCCGGAAAGAUGCCUCAAGAAGUGGAGACUGCAACUUGAUCAAAAAUAGAACUGGCAAGGAUGGAUCGGCCCAGUGUUGUGUUGUAUCACAGAAUGAAAAUUCUUCACCAGAGAUACUUCUUCCCAAGGAAUGGACUUAUUAGCUCCCAACUAUACCAAAGAAAAAAACAAAUUCCAUAAAAGAAAAAGCUGGUAUCAAGCUGUGCUGUUAAGCACCAUUUUAGUUGUGUAUGUAAUUUUAAAUAAUGACAGCGCAAGAUCUCCUAUCGUUCAAUUUA